AAGAGGUCCGCGGCAAGGUUGAGGGAGCUGGGGUAGAUGAGGCCGCGGAGGGCAGCGAAGUAGGCGCGGCGGCGGCGGCGUUGGAGACAGGUGCCUCGGCAGGGGAGGAAGCCGGACGUGCGGCUGUGUCUACAGCAGAUGUGGACACAGCAGCAGCGGCAGCAGCAGAAGAUGGGCGGGGAGGCAGUGCCAGCGGUGUACACGGCGAGGGCCGUGUCGGCGCUGUUGGCGAUGUCGUCAUGGGAGAGGCGGGAGGCGGGGAGGACACGGAGGUUGCGCAGGAGGCGGUCAGAGGGCCUGCGGGGCAGCGGAGCCUUGACGGGGCGGUUGCCGAGUCGGCCGCCGCCGUAGCGACUCGCUGCGUACCCAACGAAGGAGGAGGAGGAGGAGAGCUGGGACGACAUGGGGAGCCUGGCGUCGGAGAGGAGCGUGCUGCGGCUGCUGCUCCGGCUGCUGCUGUUCCAAUGCUUGUGGAUGAGGGCGGCGCAGUGGAUGGGAGUACCGCUGCCCAUGCUGCAUGCAACGCCCCGGAUGUCGCUGCCGCCCCCGAUGUGGUGGCUGCUGCUGCUGGUGCUGCCUCUUCAGCAGGUGUCGCCAGCAACCCCGCAGAUGGAGCAGCACGGCAAAAGGCGGCUCCCGUCGCACAGGAGGCUGAUGUGGGCCAUGUGCGAACGCAGGCAAAGCCGCAGGGCGGCGAUCUGGGCGGUGGCAUUGCGGACGGCGAACACGGGGACGGCGCAAACGGCGGCGAGGAUGCCUCGGGGUCGCUGCUGCUGCGGGCGGUGUUGGGCGAGCUGGUGCUGCGGGCGCCGCAGCCGCAGGUGCGGCAGGCGGUGGCGGCGCUUGAGGCGGAGGCAACGGAGGCGGCCAGGUGCUUCCUGCAGGAUCUGCCCCCGCUGGUGCGCUUGGCGGUGGAGGCGCAGGUGCGUGCAGCCGACUGGCGGCUGCUGGCGGCGCAGCAGGCGGCGGCGGUGGCGGCGGGGCAGCCGGCGGAGGCGGUCACAUGGGCUGCCCUGGAGCGACAUGUGGUGGCGCGGGUCAAGCAGCUGCUGGAGGAGCUGCCGUACGCGGCUGCAGAGGCGAAACGCAUGCGGGGUGUGGCAGUGGCGGAAGCGGCGGGUGCUGGCGUUGGAGUUGGCGGCGGUGUGAACAGCGGUGGCGGUGGUGCUGCGGUGAUCGGGGCAGCGGAGGCGGGGGCAGCGGCUGUCAAGGAGGAGGCUGGGGUUGCGGCUGAAGCGGCCGAGGCAGGAGAAGCUGAGGGUGGAGCAACGCGGAUGGAUGGGGAUGCGGGCAUUGGCGGCGCCGGCGGUGUCAGUGGGACAGACAAUAAGGAGGAGGAGGAAGUGGAGGAGGGGGAGCUGCCGAUGGCUGAGGAGGACGAAGAUGCUGCUGGUGAUGCUGCUGCGCCAGGAGCUGCAGAGGCCAGGGCGGCAGCGGAGGCGUCGGCGGCGGGGACCCAGGCAGCAACAACAUCAGCACCGGUCCCAGCCGCUGCAGCUACUCAGUCAGCCAUGUCUCAGCAUGCGCACAACGUGCAGUACGGAUACGCUGGCGGGGGCAACGUGGGGCCCGCUACCAGCACCUUCGACGCCAACGGGCACUACAACUGGCAUGCGCAUGUGUAUCGGUAUGACAUGUCGUACGGUACGGCAGCUGGCGGCCUCCAUACCGCCGCCAUGCCGUACAUGCCGUACGCAGCCGCCCAUGGCAUGCCUGCUGCGGCGCUGGCAGCUGCACCGUUGCCGGUCGUUGCGGGGGUAGAGGCGGCGGAGGCGCCACCUCCGCUGCCGCCCCUGCCGCCACCAGAGGAUGCUGACGCCGCUCCGCUUCCCACCUCCUCGCCGCCGCCACCGCCGCCAUCGGAGCCUCCGCUUCCUCCGCUUCCGCCAGUACCGGGCGACGAAGACGCGCCGCCACCGCCGCCGCCAACUGGCGAUGGCGACGCUGACGAUAUGGUUGUUGACGACGCCGCCGGGACUGCCGUACACGUCACGGCGGCGGCGGCGGCUCCAAGCCAGGUGCUUCUGCCACCUGGUUAUGAAGCUGCGGCGGCGACGUACGGAACAGCAGGCGUGUACGGCACGGGCGCGUACGACGCGUAUAUGUCUCACAUGUACGGCUAUGCGUACGGCAUGCCGCCUCCGCCGUUGACCACUUCCGCUGGGCAUGAGGCGCUUCAGUUCGUUAACUCCUACCUCGGAUACGGUCCGACUGCACUAACAACCACAACAACUGCAACGUUGGUGGCUAACACGGACCCGCUGACGUCGGCUGCCGUACAAGGAACAGCGGCGACGGCGACGGCAGCGCCGCUGCCAAAGCGGAAAGAAUACCGCGCUGAGCCGGUACGAAACCCUGCGGCAACAGGUGCCGCCGCCGGUACCGACGGAGACGACGACAGCGUUACUCCCGAACCCGCAGUCACACGAUUUAGCGCAUCUCCCCCUCCCCCUCCCAUGGAUCUCCUCAAUCUCCAUGCGCUGCCGGCAUCCAAGCCUCCGUUGCCCGCGGCGGCGGCGGCUGGGGCACCUGCAGCGGUGAUGGCGGC